AUGGCGUUUUCUCUUGAGCUGCUAACGCCCUCGAGUCCUCACAAUCAACCGUCAGUAUCAUUCCCCUUCAUUUCCUUGUUGGCAAUCGUGAUCAUAUAUGCCAUGAUCGCCUACUUGAUCAUCGACUUUGUUGGCCCAGAGGAGGAUUUAGAUAGCCAAGCUCCGGUCCCACGAGAUGGGCCUUCGGGCAUGUCCCUUGAAGAGCUACAGGACCUCCCACAGUACGGCUACAGCGGAGAGGCUUCGAGGAGCUGCGCAAUAUGCUUAAAUGGCUAUAAGAAAGGAGACAUGUACAGGAUCUUCCCUGUGUGCCGACAUAUUUUCCAUUGCCAGUGCAUCGAUACUUGGCUAUUGAGAAGCCGCUCCUGCCCAAUUUGUCGUUCCCCUUUCGGAUGCAGGGCGAGUUUAGAUAUUGUGUGA